GACAACCUCAAAAGUACAAAUCGGACAACAUCUACAAUAAUCUGUCUGACAUCUUUGGUGCUUCCAUUGAAACUACUAUUACUUCUAUUGCUACUAAAAAUUGAUAGUGCUGCUUUUGUUUAAAACAUAACAAGAAGAUAGAGGACAAAGCAAGGGAAAGUCUGUGAUUGGAAAUUAAUAUGAAUUUGUGGGAGAGUUUAUGUUGAUGUAGUGUUCAUUGAAAAUUUUUGUAACUAAGUGUUUUUCUACUUACGAAUUUCGAUAAUCUUGUUUACAAUCUGAACAGUGUGCAUGACAACAGCGACCUAAUUUUACGUAAACACCAACAGAAUGAUUGAAAUAAUCCUAGUUUGUUUUACUCUGUUAACACUUAUAGCUACAUAUAUUCAUUAUCGUCGCCAAAAUUACCUCCCCGGACCCUGGCAUUUACCAAUAAUUGGCUGUUUACACCGAAUCGACCCAAAAACGCCCAAUUUAACUUUUUUCAAACUCGCCGAAAAAUACGGUCCAAUCUAUAGACUCAAACUUGGAUCAAUAAACACGGUAUUUAUUUCUGACGGAAAAUUACUAAAAAAGGUGUUAAUGAAGGAUGCAACUCUUGCUAGACCACCCCUUUACGUAUUUGACAUUAUAUUCGAAGGAAAAGGUCUCAUAUAUAGCCCUCUUGACGUUUGGAAAGAUCAAAGAAAAUUUGUAACCAACUUUUUAAAAGCGGUAGGUGCCACCAAGGCAUCCCCAAACAAAAAAAACCUAGAAAACCAAAUGAGACAGUCUGCUGAAGAGUUUAUCCAAUACGUUCAAAAUCAAGGAAAAUCUGUGACGCUAAAUCCAGUAGAAGCUGUAACAAAGUACGUCUCUAACAUAACAAGCAGCCUAUUUUUAGGGAGACGUGACGGUGAAUUGUCUAAAACCUUGAUAAAUAGUUUUGAUAAAAUUGUAAAACAAAACCAAAUGGUUGGAACGGUGAAUUUCUUCCCGUUUUUGCGUUUCAUACCAACACUUAGAAAAGCAGUACAGUCUAUUAAAGAUGCAAUGAACGAAAUUCACACCAUACUUAACCAAAUUGUCUGCGAAAACUUAGAAACUCCGUUCAACGUAAUGAGUCUUGCUGGUGCGUUUAUGGUGGAAAGAUCCAAGUGUAGGUCAGACCAAGUCUACAAUAUUGAUCAACUUCAACAUCUUCUAUAUGAUAUAUUCGGUGCUGCUACUGAAACUAGUGUUACUUCUAUAAUGUGGGUUUUGUUGUACUUGGCCCACUUCAAACAAGUCCAAAAUAAAGUUCGAAAAGAACUUUGGGACGUUCUGCAAGAGAGAGACCCACGGGUGGAUGAUUUAGCACGACUACCAUACACAGAAGCCACUUUAGCGGAAGUAGCUAGAAUACGAACUGUCGUUCCGGUGGGAGUUCCUCAUCACACAUCAGAAGAUGUACGUGUUGAAAAUGUGACAAUUCCGAAAAAUACUGUCAUUAUGUCGUUGCCGUGGGCGAUUCAUAUGGACCCAAAAGUGUGGAAGGACCCUGAGGAGUUUUGUCCUGGGCGGUUUUUAAAUGACGAAGGAAAAUUUUGUCAGUCUGAAUCAUUUGUUCCAUUCCAAGCUGGGAAAAGGAUGUGUGUUGGUAAAGACCUAGCAAACAUGAUGACCUUUCUAUUUGUGUCUACAGUUCUACAGAAAUUUAAAUUAGAGGGUUGUAACUCGGGUUCUGUAGAUCUGUCUUAUGUCUUUGGUUUCACAACAACACCGAAACCACAAGAUUUGCUUUUUAUAGAGUUAUAAACAAACACUUUGUGGUGGAAGCACUUAUUUUUAGUUUUAACUAGAUUUUUCUAAUUUUUCAAUUUUUUUUUUUUUAAUAAAUUAAAAAUAUAUAACUAU